AUGGCUCCUCCUCUACCUUCUCUGCCUUGUUUUUAUGUCCUCCAAUUCUUCCUUCUCUUUCUUGCAUACCAAACAGCCUUUGCAGACAUCAGAGAGACCAGAAUCUCAACUGAUUCUCGCCCCUUCAUCCAGAUCUUGGAAUUUGGUUUCACGAGGAAUGGUAAACUGGAAGUUUCAGUGAGCAAUGUUUCAUGGUCAUGGCCAUCUGGUGUGAACCAGGCCUUCAAUUCUUCCAAGUUGGGUUUCUUCGUCUUACCUGAUGAAGAUUGGGAAGAACUUGAAAUGGAAUUAUCAGAGUUGAGCAAUACCAGAAACGCAUGUGUAUUCGAGACCCGCUCUCCUUCUGUCAAUCCCCUUUUGACCUUUAGCGCAUUGAAUUACUCUGCGAAAUCCAUUUCGCUUUCUAUCUCUGAGCCUGAUGAGUACAAUCUCAUCUUUGCAAAUUGCUUGAGCCCAUUAGAGAUAACCAUGAAUGUGAAGAUUGUGGCAUACAACUUGGGGAAGGAUGGAAAAAAGGAGUAUCUUUCUCAAGGUCAAGGUCAACUCCCCACUCUCUAUUUCAUCUUCUCUGUGGUCUAUUUCCUUCUAUUUCUUUUGUGGGUCUCUCUGUGUGUGAUGAAAUGGACAUGGGUCACUAAGAUUCACUAUUUGAUGGGCUUGUUAGUUGUGGUGAAGUCAUUGAAUCUCCUCUGUGAGGCCAUGGAUAAAUCCCGUAUUCAGAGGACUGGUACUCCUCAUGGCUGGGACAUGGCCUUUUAUGCGUUCAGCGUUCUGAAGGGGAUCAUGCUUUUCACUGUAAUAGCCCUAAUAGGAACAGGCUGGUCCAUUCUAAAGCCGUCUCUUCAAGACAAGGACAAGAAGCUUCUUGCAGUGGUCAUUCCUUUACAAGUGUUGGAUAACUUGUUAAUGGUGACUAUUGAUGAAGUAGGUCCUUCAAUUAAAGGAUGGGAGAUGUGGAAGAAUGUAUUUCUUGUAUUGGAUUUCAUCUGUUGUGUUGUUGUGCUUCUACCCGUAGUUUGGUCUAUUAAGCAUCUUAGAGAAGCAAGCAGAAGCGAUGGAAAGGCGGCGAAAAGCCUUGCAAAGCUAACCCUUUUCAGGCAAUACUAUGUGGUUGUUAUUAGCUAUGUUUACUUUAGUCGGUUUGUUCUCUUCUUGAUGGAGGAAGCUGUGUCAUAUCAAUACGAUUGGACCUGCAACUUGCUUUUGGAACUAGUUAGUGUGGCCUUUUACUUAUUGACCGGUUAUAAUUUCAAGCCUGCGCAGUUGAACCCAUAUGUUAGGAUCGAUGAUGAUGAGGAAGAGGUUGCGAUGGUUGCCGCUACAAUGGAUGGGCAACUUGAUGAUGAUGAUUUUGAAAUUUGA